CAUUGACCUGGAGCAUGUUUGUGCGUCUUUUUUGUCCCUUCAGGGCUUCCUUCAGGACCUCUUCCUCCAGCACAGGAAGUCCGUCAGCCCUGAGAAGCUGCAGGCGUACACGGACACCAUGAUGAAGAUGUUUGAUAAAAACAGAGACGGACGGCUGGACCUGAACGACCUCGCCAGAAUUUUGGCCCUGAAAGAAAACUUCCUACUGAAGUUUAAGAUGGACGCUUGCAGUCAGGAGGACAGGAAGAGAGACUUUGAGAAGAUUUUUGCUCACUAUGAUGUCAGUAAGACGGGCGCGCUGGAGGGUCCUGAGGUGGACGGAUUCGUCAAAGACAUGAUGGAGCUGGUGAAGCCCAGCAUCAGCGGCACAGACCUGGACAAGUUCAGGAAAGCCCUGAUGGGUCACUGCGACAUCAACGGGGACGGAAAGAUCCAGAAGAACGAGCUGGCUCUCU